AUGCUGGCGGCCUGGCGAGCGGGCUCCCUCCUGCAGGUCGUGGGCGCUGCGCUGGCGCUCAGCGGGCCCAGGGCGGAGUCGCAGGACGGCCUGGGCGCGCCGGGCCCCGGCGCCGGGCCGCCGCUCUACGGGUGGACGCCGGGCGACGAACUCCGCGCCGGCGGCCCGGAGCAGGCCUCCGGCGCCCACAGCCUCGCGAGCAGGGCGCGGGAGGUGCCGGCGGGAAGGUUGAUGGGGGACGAGAGGAAGGCGAAGGGCGGCCAGCGGUUUGCUGCCCACCUGAGGGCGCGCAUCCUCCUGCCGAAGGCCAAGCUCGCCUUCUGCUACAUGCCAAAGGUGGCAUCCACCGAGAUCGCCAGGCUCUUCGGCGACCUCAAUGGCGUCAGCGGCGACGCCUGGAAGCAGGCUCCAUGGGACUACUCUGGCCCCGCGAAGCUCCACGUCAACUGGGACUCGGUGACGAAGGAGAACGGCUGGAAGUUCGCGUUCCUCUACCGCGAUCCCCUGGCGCGCUACCUCUCCGCCUUCGGGUCGAAGUGCAUGGUCAAUGCCAACAACGGCGUCGUCGAGGGGGGCGGGAAGGAUUGCCUCGGCACCAUCCACUGGGCCGCGAUGACGAUGGAGGGGAUGGUCGAGGCCUUUGAGGAUCGCGUGCGGGCCGACGCCCUCAAGGGGACGUCUGCGAACAACUCGCACUGGUUCCCGAUGAUCAAGAAUCUGCGCGCCUGCGGCAUCGACAGGUUCCACCCGGACAUCGUUGACUUCAAGGGGAGCAUCGACGAGGAUGCGGGCGUUCAGGUCCGGCGCAUGUUCGAGGCCACCGGGGUGCUGGAGGCCUACCCGAACGCCAGCGCGCUGAUAGACACGUACUUCACCCACGACGUGUCGGCCAGGAAGAGCUCGCAGCACUGGUCGCACUCGCACAACAGGCUGGACGAGUUCUACAGAAACGCCUCGACAGUGCAGGUCGUCGCCCAGCUCUACGACGAGGACUACAAGCGGCUGGGGCUGCAGGUGCCGCGCCUGAAGUCCACCCACGUCCCCGUGAGCUACCGCGAUCGAAUCGGCUGA